CCCGGAAGUAGACUUUAGAGGAAGAAAGUACCGGAGUUGAAGGGGAUAAAUGUUUCGAGGUUUUAGGCGGGGAUUCUUAGAACUUUCUGCGGUAUGUGUUGGUCAUCUCACCUAAAGGAGCUACCCUCUCUGCUGAGAGCGACCGGUAUGUGGCUCAGGAGGAGCCCCGGGGCUUCUGGUAAGAGUCCAUCUGAGAAAGCCGGUCUGCGCUGUUCCUUGGUGGCCACCUUAGUUCUGAGAUGAGCUAAAGCUUUAGUGGCUUACCAUGGCUCAGCGGGCAGUUUGGCUCAUAAGCCACGAACCGGGAACUCCACUUCGUGGCACCGUGAGAUUCUCCAGACGGUAUCCAACCGUUGAAAAACGAGCCAGAGUCUUCAACAGAGCAAGUUAUGUGCCUAUUCCUGAAGAUGGUCCCUUUCUUAAAGCACUGCUCUUUGAACUUAGAUUAUUGGAUGAUGAUAAGGACUUCGUGGAGAGUCGUGAUAGCUGUUCACGCAUCAAUAAAACAUCCGUCUAUGGACUCCUGGUAGGAGGUGAAGAACUCUGGCCAGUUGUUGCUUUUCUGAAGAAUGACAUGAUAUAUGCUUGUGUUCCACUAGUUGAACAAACUCUGUCCCCUCGUCCACCAUUAAUUAGUGUUAGUGGAGUUUCACAAGGCUUUGAACUUCUUUUUGGGAUACAGGAUUUUCUUUAUUCAGGUCAAAAAAAUGACAAUGAGCUAAAUACAAAAUUGAGCCAGUUGCCUGACUUGCUUCUGCAGGCCUGUCCAUUUGGUACUGUAUUAGAUGCCAACUUACAGAAUUCAUUAGAUAAUACCAAUUUUGCAUCUGUGACUCAGCCACAGAAACAGCCAGCUUGGAAACCUGGAACUUACAAAGGAAAACCACAAGUUUCUAUUUCUAUCACCGAGAAAGUAAAAUCCAUGCAAUAUGAUAAACAGGGUAUAGCGGAUACAUGGCAAGUUGUUGGAACAGUGACUUGCAAGUGUGAUUUGGAAGGAAUCAUGCCAAAUGUUACCAUCAGCUUGAGUCUCCCCACCAAUGGAUCUCCACUUCAAGAUAUUCUAGUUCAUCCUUGUGUAACUUCUCUUGACUCUGCAAUUCUGACUUCUAGUAGCAUUGAUGCAAUGGAUGACUCUGCAUUUAGUGGGCCUUACAAAUUUCCAUUCACUCCACCUUUAGAGUCAUUCAACUUAUGCUACUACACUUCCCAGGUCCCUGUCCCACCAAUUUUGGGUUUUUACCAAAUGAAGGAGGAAGAAGUACAACUAAGAAUAACUGUUAAUUUAAAACUUCAUGAAAGUGUGAAAAAUAAUUUUGAAUUCUGUGAAGCUCAUAUACCUUUUUUCAAUAGAGGUCCAAUUACACAUUUGGAAUACAAAACUAGUUUUGGCCAACUCGAAGUAUUUCGAGAGAAAAGCUUAUUGAUCUGGAUUAUUGGCCAGAAGUUCCCAAAAUCAAUGGAAAUUAGUCUUUCUGGAACUAUAACUUUUGGAGCCAAGAGCCAUGAGAAGCAGCCAUUUGACCCAAUUUGUAUUGGAGAAACAGCAUAUUUAAAGCUGCAUUUUAGGAUCUUGGAUUACACACUCACUGGGUGUUAUGCAGAUCAGCAUUCGGUUCAAGUUUUUGCAUCAGGAAAACCAAAAAUAAGUGCAUACCGGAAACUAAUUUCUUCUGAUUAUUACAUCUGGAAUUCUAAAGCCCCUGCUCCAGUAACAUAUGGAUCAUUAUUACUGUGAUAUUCUCAUGUUUAAAUUGGAUUAUAUAAUAAUGGUUUAAAGGAAAUCAUAAUCUUAUAUUUUUAAUGUGGAUGCAUAUAACCUAUUGAGUGAAAAACCAUUGAAUGAUUCAGUUGUAAAACUACUCGUAUUUAGUGUGUGUAGUCUGAUAAAGUUUGAAGGGUUGUUUUGAAAGCUAAUGUCUCCAAUUUUGUUACCCUUUGAUUUUAUGCCAGUAUAAUUCAGAAUGUUUAAAGUAAUUAUUCUCUUGGGCUCAUUUUAGACUAGUUCUGGGACACCCAGCCACACUUGUUUCCUAAUGUUUCCGUGGCAAACAUUGCCAGUCGAUUACAGCUCCUUUUCUAUACUGAGCUUUGAAUAAAGGGUCCGCCUCUUUUUUAGUUCUGUGCAAGAUAAAAACUAUUUUCUCUUCCAUAUCUAAAUACUAAGCUCGUAGUAUAAGGUGUUGUUACAGAAUACCAGAGACUGGUGUUAGAAACAACUACCUCUUCAAAAGCAGCCAACUGAGACAAAGGAAAAAUUUUUAAAUAGUAACCUGUUCUUCUUAAUCAGAACUAUCCUAUUGACUAAUAAAGAAUCUGCAUAAUUCUAUUUAAAGUGUGUAAUCUCUGUUCUAGAGUUAGUUUUUAAGUAAGCUUGUUAAUCUGCCAUGUUGACAUUUUGCUUAGGAUGUCAAUAGCCAUAUUAAGAUGUGUGGGAUACCUUCAGAGGAUGAUCAUAGUGUUUUGUAAUCGUUUAAUAUCUGCAGCCAAAUUUUUUAAAGAUAAUUUAGAUCUAAUAUUUCUCUUUCUGUGUUUUAUUAAGUUAAAAUUAAUGAAUUUAGGUAAAAAUUCAAAAGGCACUCUGUGGAUAGAGAGUAUCAUUUAAGCUUAUUUUAGUCACAUGUAGUAUAUAUCUCCUUAAAGCUGUCACUCUCACUUUCUUACCAUUCUCUUGAUUUCUUCAGAAACCAUCUAGUCAUCAUCUUUAUUCUCUACCUGCUUCUGCAAUUAUGUGUCAUAUUCUGUUUUCAGAGCAGUUCAUUGUCAAGUUGGACUUUAAGUGACCAUGCAAGAAAACAUGAAAUCUCAAGAACCUUGAAACUUUAUUCAUGUCAAGGUUCUUUUUACAGAUGAGAAAAAUAUAUGCAUUAAAGAUUAAUAUUCAUUUUAAUUACAUCUUUAGUUCUGUUUUUUUAAUGAGUCUUCUAAGGGAAGACUUAGAAAAGCUCUAACUCCUCAAAAGAGAGCAUGAUAGUUUAAAAGAUAGUGCAUAUAAAUUUAGGAUUUGAAAUAUGAUUUUUUAAUUAAGGUCAGUCCUAAUCAUUAUAAACUCACUUUCUGCAAAGCAUUAUCAUGGCAUAAGAUUCUCUGUUCAAAAUCAUGCCAAGUAACAAAGAAAAGAGAAUAACUGCCUGACCAAGACUUUAACUUGUUAUUCUAGCUUAAUCAUAGGUAAUCAGCAGUCAACACUUUCCUUUUGAAAGAAGAUACCAUUCCCUGUAAGUUAUUUGAUCUCUCUUAAACUCAAAUAAAGCUUAACAUUUCACUUAUGUUAAUAAGUUAAUGAUAAUGGAGUCAUUUGGAAUCUUGAUUGUACGUUUACCAAAUACACAAAGGUGAGCAAGAGGCAUAUUAUCUAGUGGGUAGGCAAAGUGUUAAUAUAAUAAUCCCAUAGGCAAAACUUCAUAAGCAGUUAGAAAAAUAAAUGAAUCUUCAAUUUGACAUUUCUAGAAACUGGAGGAAAAUCUAGGGUGUCCUGGAAAAGUGGUGAGGUGUUGGGGAACCUGAUGCCAUCUGUUGCCAUUCCAUUCUAACAUAGUGCUACAGAACUAAACCAACUUGGGUUUUCAUCCCAUUGAGAUCAGCUGGGCACACUGUGAUGCUUUUGAUUUUGUCUAGAAACCUGUCACUUCAGGAUAAUUUCUGAAGACAAAGUCUGUUUCCCGUUUGGUAGGUGACCUGUUUAAUGUUUUCUCUGUGUCUGGGAACUCCUUAGUGUAAUUAGCGACCUUUGAACUCCACAACUAAUCCUGAGCUAUUUUGUAUUCCUUACUCAUCCUUAAGGCUGGACCUUUCUUUUCUUCAGAGUCCGCUGCCACAAUUAAAGAAGAAACAGCUGCAUUUCAAAGGGAUUCCGAUUCCAGAAGCUUAAUCGUGAUUGACAUGUUCUUAUUCUAAGCUAUAAGACACUCUAAGAGUCCUUUCUUGGGUUAAAACUUCAAUCAUUUUCUAAAAAAUUAUCUCACUAUGGAUUUUAUUCAUUUUCUUUGAUAACUAUUCUUUGCAUUUUUUAACUUGAAAGAUGCUUUGCAUUUGCAGUGAAUGUGAGCAACUACUACCAGUGAAGUAGACCUACUGUAGAUGCAAAAUUGCUAAAUUCCCUUUUAGUGCCAAAAUAUGAUUAUGAAAUCUGAUGUCUAUCACAUAGGUAAUUAUUCUUCAAUAAACUCAAAAGGUUAAAAAAAUAUUAAAUUUUUUAGAAUGAACUACAGAAAAGAUGGUUCAUCUUUUGGUAAACCACUUCUUUUCUCCAUUUUUUUACUAAACAAUAUUUUUUUAAAAACUUAAAGCCAGCAAAAUACUGCUUAGGCAAUACCCUUACAGUGGCAGCAAUUUUUUUUACUUUUUAAGUAAUUGAUUCAAAUGUCAAGUUUGAAGUAGUUUUGUCAGGAACUCUGAUAACACUUAUUUGUUAAAAAAAUUUUUUUGUUAAACAUUAAAUAUCCAAAAUAUAAUUUAAUUUUUUCACACCAAUUCAACAUUUCUACUGGAUUAAAAUUAUGGUGUUUUAUAUAUUGUAUAAUUUAAGAUCUUUCAAGGCAGACAUUUAUACUUAGUAACAAUUGCCAAUAUGCUUCUUUUGGUUUUUGUUACAGUAUUUCAAAAUACUUCAUAGACAUUCAUAGACUCCUACACUACCCCUGGGAGCUAGGUAGGUGGAAUUAUCAUCCAGGACCUCUGUAGGGACUGCUGCCACAACAGAAUGGUUGUUCCUAAGACAAAGGUCAAAAAAGGGGUGUUAAUAAACAGUCCUCAGGUUUAAGGGACUUUUUUAGGAUUACAUCUUAAAUUCCAACAAAUCAGAUUUAGGAGUUACUGAAAGUGAAAUUGAUCCAUCCCUCAUCCAAACUUUGCAAUACUUUCCUGUUCUGACAUCAUUUAGAUAGUUAGCUGUAUUAUCAGAUUAGAAACCAUUGUACCAGGCUGCUGAAAGGAAAAGGAGGCAAAAAGCUAAACAUGGGAUGAAUUCUGAACCUUUUAACCUGGCUGAAGUACGUUGGUCCCUGUUAUGCAAAUACCUUCAAUCCUCUGCUAAGUUCAGUGGAAAUAAUUUUCUUGAAUGACAGGUUUAUUCAGCAAGGAUUCAGUUGGUGAUUAAUCCCCCUUUGAUCUAGGGUAUUUCACUUAACUACCAGUUACCUCGUUCUGACAAAGUGCAACUGAGAUUAGGGAGAUCACUAGAACACUACCAGGGUGUGCAUUUAUUCUCUAUAACCUUUUAAAGCAAGGGCCAAGAAUGCAAUUUAUUUUCAGUAUUUGAAGAUGUAAAGUUCUGUCUGCUAAGUUAGAAAGUCAAUUGAAUACCAAAUGAAGUUUAUUUCUUACGUAAUAGAACAAACAUUUCUUUUUGCUUUGCCUAACAAUGAUAUUAGGAAACAUAGGCUUUGAAGAAAGAAGAAGCAAAGACUACAUAAAAAACAAAGACUACAUUCUAAGUACUCCUUCUAGUUUUGUUUCAUGCACUAGAGUAUACUUACUGGUCCUGAGAUAACCCAAAAAUCAAAGCAGUGGCUACAACUUGGGCUAAGAAAAUGCCUCUGUUUUAUUAAGUGGCAUGGUUUCUUCUCACCUUUCCCCUACCACCAACACCACCACCAUUAGAAAAUGUCAUACUGUGUGAUAAAGAAAUCCAGUUGAGGAAAAUGUGUUGCAGUACACAGUUACCCACCUUAAGACUUCAGGUUUUGAAGCUUCGUUUGUUAACUCUCUUUUCUUGAGGCAAAGGAGCUUCUUAGAUUUCCAUUAUAAGAAUAAUCGCAUUCAUUUUCAGAAUACUUUUUUCAAAAGAAAAUGACAGCAUUACCAAAACACUCAAGUAAUUAAAUUUUUUCUGCCUGCCUUUCUCUCAGUUAUCUGAGUAGCUCUUCUUCCAUAAUUUUAAACUUUGAAAUAUAUGGAAUUUUGUACAGUAUUUUGAGAAAAAAAAUUUAAUGUUUCAUGCUAGGUUUCUCAAUUUGUUGUUUAAAACUGUUUGAAUAGUAAUGUCAGUGUUUAUCUUGCAAGGUGAUCAAAUUAGAGGAUUUAUUCCUCUAGUGUAUUAUUUUAAGGCCUUUUAAAAAAAAUAAAAGUAUCAUGAUUUGUUAUAAAAUAUGUUUUUAAAGAUUAGAUUUUGAUUAGUUAUAGACAAAGCAUUUUAAUCCUUAGUGAUUACUAUUCUAGUAGCAUUUUGCAAUACAAGUGAUAUAUUUAGAUUAUUAUAGUUUUUUUAGCUCAGACUUUUUGUGAUCUAAUUUAUAAAUUGAAACAAUUACUCAAAGAAGUACAUAUCUUUAACUUAUGUCUGUGCUAAGCCAGCUUCCUCUAGUUUCAAUGUAAUAACUAGUUUCAAAAUAUAUUUUGAAAACAAGUUCCUAAACAGCAGCAAAAUUGAAAUCAGGAGUAAUAUAAGAUAUGGCAGGUCUAUAAAGAUAGAGGGCAGGUUCCCAUGGCUCUGUUGCUAAGAAACUAGUGUUUUUAAUCAUUACAUUCCAUGCAGUUACAUUUAUUCAAUAAAACAGGAUAUAUAUCAAAAUUCACCAUCACAGAAUAUAUAUACACACAACAUAUAUAUACAAAUACAUGAAUUCAUGUAAAUGUUUACAACACUAGUAUCUGACUUGGUUGGUUUCCCUGUGAAACAUGUCAGUAUAAUGUAAGAUGAGGAAUAUUUUAAGGUCAAAUAUUCAAAUAUCUUUCUUCCAAACACAGUUAAUAGUUGUGAAAGGAUUCAUUAAAAUGAGAAUUGCCAAGGAACUUGUGAGAUUACUCUUAACAAAGUGAUUAAAACUCUUAGGAGCUGAAGACUUUUCAGCUAGCCACUAACUUUCCUCACCAGCUGUUUUAUGGAUAUAACAUUAGUGUUUGUGUUUAGCCUGGAACAAUACAAUGCUGUAUCUGUAUCACUAGUUUUUUGCCUUAUAAGCAGGUUGCUGCAAGGUCUGGUUGAUUUCUCUAAUGCCCUGGCUGAUCUGUAUAAUUGACAUCAGUGUAAUGUUGAUGUAUGAUGCAUAAGCAUUUAUAGUUGGACGAAUGCUCCACAAUAAAAACCACCUGCUAAAUUUUUUUUCA